CAGGGAUAUUACUUGCAUCAUCGAGAUCUUGUAAUUGCAUAUAAGCUUGAUAUAAAAUAUCCUCACACAAUGCUACUUUAUGAUUAUUCUAUAACAACUCAGGUUUUAGCAGUUGGCAAAAUAGAAGUAUGGUUGCAAAAAGCUGUUGAAGUUGCUUCUUUGAAGCUACCUCACAUAUAG